CACAACUUAUAAAUUUGUCAACUAAACAAGAAAGUGUCAGAAAGACGCGAAUUGCUGAGUUAGUUCGUUUUUUGCAAAAACGAUGAGGUUGUAAGAUGAUGGGCGAUCAGUUUCGGAAAGUAGAACAAUAUUCGCCAAAAUCGUCUCCGAGGGGGGCCCGGUCUCCCGUUGUUUCUCGUCAAGAUUCGUCCGGAACCCUCAAAACGACCAUCUUGCUAGGAAAAAACCCCUCCAUCGUCCCUAGUGGACCCUUUUACCUUCUAAAGGAGCCGCCAGGAGAAUCGGGGAUUACUGGCGCUACGAACUUAAUGGCCUACUAUGGACUCGAACAUUCUUACAGUAAAUUUAGCGGAAAGAAGUUAAAAGAACAGCUUUCUUCGUUCCUUCCCACACUCCCAGGAGUAAUAGAUUCCCCUGGUCAGAGUGAUAAUAGUUCACUGAGAAGCGUUAUAGAAAAACCACCUGUUGGAGGUAAAGAUUUAUUACCAUUAAGUAGUGCACAACUAGAAGGAUUCAGAUUACAUCCUGGUCCAUUACCUGAACAGUACCGAUACGCCAACGCCACACCGAUAAAGAAGCACAAAAACAAACAUAAAAAGCACAAACACAAAGAGGGCGGACCUCCAUCGACAGAAACUCCGAUAACGGACGCGGGCGGCGAUACCCACGAGAAGAAGCACAAAAAACAAAAGAGGCACGACGAGGACAAAGAGAGGAAGAAGAGGAAAAAGGAGAAGAAAAGAAAGAAACAGAAACACAGUCCGGAGCACAGUGGGGGCGGGCUAACUCCCAGCCAACACUCGAGUUAAAUUCAACAAGAAACUGUGUAAAAAAUAAGUUAUUAAGUGCAAGGGACUGAAAGUUACUUGAAAAAAAGUGAGGUGUCAAAGUGGGUUAAGCUUAAUAUUGAUCCUAAACAGUAAUAUUAUCGAUAUAUGGUAUGUCUUUACAAGAGGAAAAUCUUUUUUAUUAUUAACUUCCUGGAAAAAUGCAUUCUCCAUAAAAAAAAGUUCCUUGUUCUAAAAUGGUUAAUCCCGUUUAUAAUUCUUCAAAUUUCCAUAUAAUUUUAGAGAAAAAUAAAAAAAAUAACAUAAUACAGUUGGGAGUCCUAAAAAUAAAAGCAUUUCUGUGGUAAUAUAACUUCAUUUUUAUUGGAUAGAUGGUUUUUAACCAGUAGCCUAUGACUUUAAACAUCAAGCGAUGUAAAACUAUAUCUGGCCAUGUCAUAUUGCCAUUAGAUAUCACUUAAAUUAGAGAUGUAUUAUUAUUUAUAUAAUUAAAUUCACUUUAUAAAGUUUUCGCAGCAGUAUUUAUAAUAUACAAAAUUCAAAUAAUUAGUUUUUUGGCAAAAGGAAAUAAACUGUCUGAUGAUUUGACAUUUAAUGUCAAAGGAAGCUAGAUAAAAUCAAGAAAAAAUAUGCUUUAAAACUAAAUCUUAAAUAACUAAAAAACGAUUUAUUUUAGGUAUAGGAACAUAU